AUGGAGGAAAUCGUUGCUGUUAGCAUUGCUUUUCCUCAACUUAUAAAGAUGAUCUAUCAGACUGCAAAGUCGCUUCGCCGCUGCGCAAAAGCAGUGUCUGUCGCACAGGAAAGAGUCUCGAGGCUUGCAGACGAGACCAAUCUCUUUGCCGCGCUUUUCGAGGACCUACGGAGGACACUGACCAAGGCCCAACAGGUGGAGGAGUAUCGCACUAUCCAACCCGAUUCGGAGUCCUGUGAACUACUUCUGAAGCAAGGCCGGAACGCGGUCAAGAUGAUGAAGCAGGCUUUGAAUAAAUUGAAGCCGUUGCGAUCGGACACUCCGUGUUCCUAUCUGGAAACAGCGCUCGCGUCACUGAAAUGGCAUUUCCAAGCCGACGACUUUACCGAGAUCUUUUCAUCGAUGAAUUCAGCCAAAGCUAGUGCAAGCGUUCUUAUAGGGCUGUUUCAGCUGGAGCAAGUUAUUCAAAGUUGCCAAAAACAUGCUGCUGCUGGUCGCGAUGUCCCGCGAGACCUCCGGGACGACAUACAACGGUAUCGGCGCCAGAUCAAGAACUUCAAAGAGCAGGUAGCUAGCCUUAAGCAGAGAUGCAAAGACGAUAGGAAGUUGUCCAAAGCACUUCGGCGUAACAACGCUGCGCUUUUGAGGCGUACGGCCAAGCUCCAGCGCGAACACGAGAAAAAAAACCGAGCACUAAGGUUGGUUCUGGAAAGCUCUAGGACUCUGAUUGACUCGAACGAGUUCGGAGCCCGGCUCGUGCAGGCAUCUGCGCGGACUCCGCCGACCUCAAUAUCCACGGAACCAUCCUCCCCACCCGUUUCCGUAAGCUCAACGCUUUCACGCACGGACGGCCAUCUCAAUUCGACGGCCAACGUAGAGGAACAACCUCAUCGCGAGAGGCCAUUGGGUGCGGUUCCCACGCCACUAUUCCAAGUUCCUGAAAGAGGAGUUUCUCAGGACUCUCCUCCCCCUCCGUCGCCACCGCGAGAAGCAAGGUCACCCACUCAAGCCCUCCCGCAGAACAUCAUUGUCGAUCGCAAUGAUGGCACUGGCGUGCAAGAGGAAUAUCGGCCACCCAGACAGACGCGUCGUCGCCUUGACUCCGAUUCCAACGCAUAA